UGACUUUUACUGUCACUGUCAAUAUUUUUCCUUGUUUUGUUGAUUGUUGUGCUUUUCUGCUCAUUUUAUGGUAAAAUUCAUAAAACUAAAGCUGAGAUUGCUAGGAAACCGAAAAUAUGACGAAGAAAUCAAUAAAUUUGGAUGUCGAUCCUUCUAUAAUGGAAAAAAGCAUGAGGAUCGUAAAAGAAAACGCAAUGGAAGAGGAAUUGAAUAAAUUACUGUCUUCUGUAGAUUCGGUGCCGUAUAAACUCGUCAAACCUACACCAGGUUUUUGUGUUAAAACUUUUAUGAAACCGGACAAUAAGAAAAUCUUUGUCAAUAUCUGCUUAACUGAUGCUAUACCAUGCCCAAGAGAUAUAACAAAUGAAGAGCUUAUGAAAAUUUUGAAUUCGGAAGAUCCUUCAAGUUACAGAGUACCAAUGAGCAUAGGUGAGGGACGUACAGAAUUGGACAAAUCUGGAGCACCUGCAACUGUAUACGAUGUCGCCAUAAAUCCAAAAUUCUUUACUAAAAUUGAAAAUGAUGAUCUGUUCCAUACAUUCUUUCUUACUGUAGUAUUUGAAGGGUUACAGGACAAAUACCAAUUUGAAAUAGAUUCACAGAAAUACUCUGUUCUUAAGAAUAGGAAAUCUAUUGGUACUCUGCAAUCUCAUAGGAUUCAAAUAAGGGAUAUUAAAACAUCAGAAUCACCAACAAAUAAACCGUUAAUUGAAGAGAUUGAUAGACCUAUUGAACAGAAAAAAAUAAAAGAACCUGUAAAGAUAGAGAAUAUUAAAAAGGAAAUUGUUUACCGGUUGAGAAGAGAGCCACCUACAGGAGAGAUUGAUUAUCUGUUGGCUGAAUUUAAAAUUCCUGCAACUUUAGAGUUGAAAGACUUACACUUGGAAGUUGGUGAGGACAGACUCGUGUUAGACUCAAAAGGUCACUAUCAGCUAAUUGAUUUUUAUCUUCCAUGUAGCGUGGACCAAGAUAUUAUUGAAGCUAAAUUGAAUAGGAAUUAUGAUUUAUUAUCUGUGAAAAUGCCAGCAAUACAUUGAAUAGAUGGAAUUGAAUCGGAAUCUAUUGAUGUUUAGAAGAUCUUUGAAGACUCUGAUAUUUGAAAUGUUUAGAAAUUCUAUGAAAAUGAUAAAAA